AUCAGUAACUACGAAGACAUACGUAUGUCGACUAAUUCACCACCGCCUUUCUUUAAUGCAUUGUUUGCUGGUGCACUCUCUGGUGUGACGGUAGAUCUGUUCUUCUUCCCUGUGGACACACUCAAGACGAGGUUGCAAUCAACUCAAGGGUUUUUGCAAGCAGGAGGCUUCAAAAAUAUAUACAAAGGAGUUGGUAGUGUAGCCUUCGGUGGUGCACCUGGAGCUGCCGCAUUCUUCACGACAUAUGAAGGACUAAAGAAGGCUAUUCCACAGAUUUCGAGCUUGUCUACUAUCCCAGACGCUGCAGUUCACAUGUUGGCUGGUUCAGGUGGUGAAACUGCUGCAUGUUUGAUACGAGUUCCAACCGAAGUAGUAAAAUCUAGACAGCAAACAAUGGCAUACGGCAGUGUUAGCAGUCUAAAGGCAGCUCAAUUACUACUCUCACAGGAGGGCUUAAACGGAUUUUAUAGAGGAUUUGGUAUCACAGUUUUUAGAGAGAUACCGUUCACGAGCAUACAAUUUCCACUAUAUGAAUACCUCAAAUCACGGGUUGCAAAGUAUAGAAAUAGAGAUCACGCUAGACCGUACGAGGGUGCACUCUGUGGUACGAUCGCAGGUGCGGUAGCAGCAGCAACGACGACACCACUGGAUGUAAUAAAAACAAGGACGAUGUUAUCGAAGGAGCGUAUCAGCUUUACCGAAGUUAUCCGCAAGGUAUACCAACAAGGGGGAUAUAAAGCCUUCUUUUCCGGAGUAGUACCACGCGUAACCUGGAUUUCAGCAGGUGGUGCAGUUUUCUUAGGUGUAUAUGAAGUUGGUUUAGAUGUAAUCAGAAAUAAGAUGUAGUGUACAAUUAGUGAUGCUUCUUCUCUGGCUGAGGUGCUUCAAGUACUUUCUCCGCCAAAACGUAUGCUGUGAAUGCAACUACGGCUGUACCAAAACCUGGUAAGAGCUUCUUGUGGAACUUGCCGAUACCAAAGAGUGGAUUGCUUCGCCAGGCCUCUCUCCUAGCCCAAGGGUCGUUGUAUUUUGCAUUUUUUUGAAUUUCGUUGUUGAU